AUGAACUCUAGCAAGCACCUGAAUUCCAACACUAAUUACCCACCUUGUGGAAACUUUACCUUCAGAUUUGACCAGAAAGAAUUUCCUGAGUUGGUGAUCCGCAAGGGAAAGAACAUCACAUUUAGAAGUGGAAUUUGGGAUGGCCCCCGUUUUAGUUCAGAUGAUUGGUUAUCAUUUACUGAAAUUACAGCCUUCACGCCAAAAGUUUCAGUAACUACAAAGGAGGCAGUGUAUUGGGAUGAACCUGGAGAUAGAUUAUCAAGGUUUGUUAGGAGGGAUGAUGUACUACUUCAAAGAUAUAUUUGGGACAACAAAAAAUUUAAAUGGACUCUGAUGCAUGAGGCAAGAAAAGACUUUUGUGAUAACUACGGAACACGUGGGGUGAAUGAUUAUGGAAAGAAGGACGAGAAGUUACCUGAAGAUGGACCAACUAUGCCUUCUGUAGUGUUCAUGUUGAGCAAUGAAGGGUUAGACUUUCAGGGCUACAGCAAAAUGGAGAGUUUUAGUAACAACUCUAUGACUAUUACUCUAUUAGAAGGAAGAAAUUAG